CUUAUAUUCUACGGUACUCUCAUAGGCUGUAUACAACUGCAGUGCUGGGCUGGUCAAUAUUCCAUAAAUUGUGUCCGAAAAAGACAAAUCUGAUGCUUGUAACACGGCCGCUAAUGCUAGCUGUGUAGGAGCGCUAACGCAGGAAACUAAGCUAAUGCUCCUAGUAAUUUUCCUUAUAUAGUCCGAUGACCGACUGAUAUUUCAUUCUGAUUAAACGCCAGACAUUAGGUCAGUAAUGGGAUUUUUUUUCUUUUCUAAAACCACGUCAUUGGUGAACUCUGUCGAAACAAUUUCGUUAAGUGCUGACAGCUAGCGGUGGAUUUUGUGUAGAGUUUUGAUCAGCGGAUCCAGCUGCCGACAACGUGAAUAUGUUGAGUGACACUUCCGGAGCGGACUUCCCCAUGUACGGGUGAUGGCAACGCUUCUGCAGUCAUAUGACAGUAAUUCCAGUGACAACGAAAACUGGGAACGGAAAGCGACGAGCCGACCUCGUAAACUGUGCAAGCAUUCGAGGUGAGCUAAGCAAAGGUGAACAACGGACAAGUGAAGCCCUAAUUCAUUUACCUUGAUUAGCGCAGAAGCAAAAUACGUCCAUAUGGGAUUGCUUCCCCGAAGUCAUUGUCAUCCUUCUCCGUCGAACAGUCGAGCAUCUCGAGUGGAGCCCCAACUGAGGAAGAUGAGCCUGCAUGGUGCCAGCGGGGGCUGCGACCGCUCACGUGACCGCCGCCGCUCCAGUGAUCGCUCCAGGGAUUCCUCGCAUGAAAGAGAAGGGCAGCUCACACCCUGCAUUCGCAACCUCACCUCGCCCACCCGCCAACACAACAGCGAACGCGAGCGUGAUGGCGGGCCGUCGUCGAGGCCCGGCAGCCCCCGGCCGCAGAGGGUCUCUCCCAGCGGCUCCAGCAGCAGCGGGGUGGUGAGCAGCCGCAACAGCAGCCUGUCCAGCACCGAGGGAACUUUCAAAAGUUUGGCAGUGGGAGAAAUGGUGUUUGUGUACGAGAACCCCAAAGAGGGGGCGGCCGGCGCCCCCGUCUGCAACCGAAACGUGCGGACGUCCGAGAGAGUUACGCUUAUUGUGGACAACACGCGCUUUGUGGUCGACCCCUCCAUCUUUACUGCGCAACCCAACACCAUGCUGGGCAGAAUGUUCGGAUCGGGACGAGAGCACAAUUUUACACGGCCCAAUGAGAAGGGAGAGUUUGAAGUAGCCGAAGGAAUCAGCUCAACGGUUUUCCGUGCAAUUCUGGAUUACUACAAAUCGGGGCUAAUCCGUUGUCCUGAUGGAAUCUCCAUCCCUGAGUUGCGGGAGGCGUGCGACUAUCUAUGCAUCUCUUUUGACUACAGCACCAUCAAAUGCAGAGACCUCAGUGCCCUGAUGCACGAACUGUCCAACGACGGCGCCCGCCGACAGUUUGAGUUCUACCUGGAAGAAAUGGUUCUACCUCUGAUGGUGGCGAGCGCUCAGAGCGGGGAGCGCGAGUGCCACAUUGUGGUCCUCACUGACGACGACGUGGUGGACUGGGACGAAGAGUACCCGCCGCAGAUGGGAGAAGAAUACUCUCAAAUCAUAUACAGCACAAAAUUGUACCGAUUCUUCAAGUACAUCGAGAACAGAGAUGUGGCUAAGUCCGUUUUAAAGGAGAGAGGCUUGAAGAAAAUACGACUGGGCAUUGAAGGUUACCCCACAUACAAGGAGAAGGUGAAGAAGCGUCCCGGAGGUCGUCCAGAGGUCAUCUACAACUACGUCCAGAGGCCCUUCAUCCGCAUGUCGUGGGAGAAGGAGGAGGGCAAGAGCCGCCACGUGGACUUCCAGUGCGUCAAAUCCAAAUCCAUCACCAACCUGGCGGCGGCGGCGGCCGACAUCCCCCAGGACCAACUGGUGGUCCUGCACCCGGGCCCCCAGGUGGACGAGCUGGACAUCAUGCCCAACCACCCGCCUGGAGGCCACCUUUACAGCAACAACUACAGCAACGAGCCCGACCCCGAGGGACCGCCGCCUGCCGUGUGAGGAGCCCUCGGACCCCACUCCUGUCCUUCUCGUCCGCCUCCCAGCAUGCUGCAGCAUGGAGUGCAUCAUAAGGGGGGGCACCAUAACCAUAUUGCCUUGACACCUCCUUCGCAGCCUUAGAGAGCCAAGAACCUGGUGGACUGCUUUGAUUAUUAUUAUUAUUUUUUUUUUUUUUACUUGACCAAAGCAAUUUAUUUGUGUUUGCUAUAUAUUCAUUAAAUACAUUACUUUACAAUGUCGUACCCUCAUUUGUUGGGUUUGGCUGAGCACUCUUGUGAUAUCAAUGUUUCCGUUCACAAAUCAUUUUGUUUGGAUUUGACAUGUUCCCAGGUGGCCUGAUGACUACAAUGUGUGCUUUUUACAGAGAAGACUUGGUCAUAAGGGGACAGGAGGGUAAUCAUCACUUGUCACCCGAACUCAACGUGUUAACAGUGUACGUGUUAACAGUGUAACUGAAAGUGUUCUGUCAUUGGCUGGAUGUCAUGUGCUGUGACGCUCUUAUCGCAGACUAAACAUUAAAGCAGCACACGGGCUGGCACGCUCUCAAUCUUUUAGUGCAAAGCUUGAAACUUAUAAAAACAAUGUUCAAUAAAGGAAGAAAACUGUUUUGCUUGUAUGCUUAAAUGUUUGAUUAAAAAACGUGUAAAUCCAA